AUGUCCUUUAAUGGCUUAGAAGGUGAAAUUGGGUCGAAAGAUUCAUUGUUGGAUUCUGAAAAUGAUUUUUCGCUAAAACGAAAUGAUUCCGGAAUGGGAAUGUUAGAUUCAUUUUUAGGAGAUAUGAUUCCAAUGGAUUUAGAGGGACAGUCGAAAAAUUUAGAGUCUGAACCGAUUGACUUGAAGAAUGACAAUGGUCAAGAUGGUUUCAGCUACGAAGAUGAUUUCGGGUUUAAUAAAACAGUAGACGAAGGUGAUGAUUUAGAAGAUGAUGUGUCAGAUGACAACUUGCCCGAAGAAGAGCAAGCUGUCAACUAUACCGGGAAAGACGAAGAUGAAGACUUUAGGAGUUUGCUAGCUAAGGAAAUGGGUGAGGCAGCCGCGGGUCAAGUCCUCAGUGGUGUUGGUUUUUCUGUACCAGCAGGUCUGGUAGAUAUGAAUGAAACGCCUUCCGCUCCUGCUGUCCCUAGCGCAGCUGAAACACAGAAUGAAGAUCAGAUUCGUGAGAAUAUUGUUAAAACGUAUUUCCCUUCCUUUAAACGUGGAGUACUGUUAAAUUUCUCCGAAUUAUUUCGCCCUAAACAUGUGAAGUUAGCUCCUCCUAAGAAGAAAACCCCAAAAGUUUGUGUUCCAUCGAGGUUAACUCUUGAAAUUGAACCGGAUUAUUCUGCUAUGUUUAAUUCUAAAAAGAAUGUUCCUAUAAAACGUGAUAUCGUUCCUGCUAUAUCGACGCAAUCCACGAAAAGACGAAAAACUGGUGGACUUACUCAGAGAAACGAUGGACUUGAUUUGAACACCAUAUUCACAACCAAUGAUUGGGAGAAAGGUAUUAUUUACGAUGAGAAAGAUUUAUCAAAAUUAGAUCGCCCUUCCUUCUCUAUAGACAAAUCAUUGGCUGAUUUUGACCUAAACAUUGAUGAUAAUAUCUUUGAAGGUGAAACGGGAGGUUCCAAGGUGGUUCUUAAUUUAAAUGACCCCAAAUUACUCCUGCAACCUCAAAAACGGGAUGAACAGCAUCGCUCGUAUCACGACUUACAUUUACGCAAUUCCUUUUCGUGGAAAUACAACUUAUCUAAUGAUAGCGCUUAUGAAAUGCUUAAGCAGAAUCAUCAAUCCAAAGUUCGAAAUACCUUGUCUCAGCUUGCUAUUGAGCAUGCUGCGUUCGCUGAGAAACUGACAUUCCCAUACUAUAAGACUAGGCUAAGUAAAAGAGCUGUGCGAAGCUUUCACCGACCAACUAUGUCAUUUAAGCCAAACGCUGCUAUUGUAUUCUCUCCUUUGAAUGUCCGCAAGAAAAGCAAGGAUAAGCAUAAAUCCGAAAGAGGGCUUAUUCCGAAUACGAAAGACAUGACUAUGGGUGAUACCACGCAUGCUAUAUUGGUAGAGUUUUCUGAGGAGCAUCCUCCCGUCCUUUCCAAUGUUGGAAUGGCCAGCAGGAUUGUGAAUUAUUAUCGAAAAAAGAACGAACAGGACGAAUCACGACCCAAGUUGGAAGUUGGUGAGAGUCAUGUUUUGGACGUUCAGGACAGAAGUCCUUUUUGGAACUUUGGUUCCGUGGAGCCGGGAGAAAUAACGCCCACUCUAUAUAAUAAGAUGAUUCGUGCUCCUUUAUUUAAGCAUGAACUCCCUUCCACAGACUUUAUUCUAGUUCGGAAUACGAGUAGUUAUGGCUCGAAAUACUAUUUAAAAAACAUAAACCAUAUCUUUGUGAGUGGACAAACUUUUCCUGUUACUGAUGUCCCUGGUCCUCAUUCUCGAAAAGUAACUACUGCAAGCAAAAAUCGUUUGAAAAUGCUUGUAUUUAGAUUAAUCAGACGGUCACCAACCGGUGGUCUUUUUAUUAGGCAGCUUUCGCAACAUUUUUCGGACCAGAAUGAGAUGCAAAUUCGUCAAAGACUUAAAGAGUUUAUGGAAUAUAAAAAGAAGGGUGACGGACCUGGUUACUGGAAAUUAAAAUCCAAUGAAGUUGUCCCUGAUGAGGCUGGUACAAGGUCAAUGGUUUCUCCUGAAACUGUAUGUCUUUUAGAGAGCAUGCAAGUUGGUGUCCAGCAAUUAGAGGAUGCUGGAUAUGGUAAAACGAUUGACGAGGUAAAUGACGAUGACGAGGAAGAACAACCUGCAGAGCAAUUAUUAGCACCUUGGAUAACCACUAGAAAUUUCAUUAAUGCUACUCAAGGAAAAGCUAUGCUUACCCUUUUCGGUGAAGGAGAUCCAACUGGCAUCGGUGAAGGAUAUAGCUUUAUCCGUACUAGUAUGAAAGGUGGUUUUAAGCCUGCUGGUGAACCAGAUGACAGACCUGAGCCGCAGACGAAGAAUGCGCAUGCUUAUAACGUUGCGAAACAACAGCAGGCCUACGAAGAAGAAAUUAAUCGGAUUUGGAACGCCCAAAAACGUGGUCUUUCUAUUUCGAGCAUCGAUGAAUUGGCAAGGAAGUAUAAAAUAAGAAAUAAAUACGAAGACUAUCUUGAAACGGAGGAAGCCCCAAGGGAAGUUACUCCUUCAACAGAUAAGGUUCUUCGGAUCGUUCGAGUAUACCAGGAUCGUAAUGGAAAUUGGGAUCGAAAACAAGAGGUUGUUCAUGAUCCUAUUGUUAUUCACGCGUACUUGAAAAAGCGGAGAGAAAUUGAUGAGCAGUCUACAGCUUUAGAUGCCGUCGUUCCCACAGGAGACGAGGCAAUAGAUAGACGCAAUCGUAAAAGAUUGGAACAAGAACUCGCAAAAAGUCAAAAGAAUUGGGAACGUAGAAGAGCUCGUCAUGCUGCUAAGGAAGGUAUCACCAUCAAUGGAGAAGGCAAAAAACCGACUACUCGUAAAUGCAGCAACUGCGGUCAAGUCGGUCAUAUGAAGACCAACAAGAUAUGUCCACUGUUUGGAAGACCUGAAGGUGGAUUGGCUACCAUGCUUGAUAGAAACUAA